UACUCUGCCGCCGGGAGAGAGAAGAAAAGGAGGGGGAGAAAAAACCCCGACGAGAAACCGUCGCGAACAACGCCCCAAAAGACAGCGAGAACGAGAGGGGCGGCGGUGGCGGGGGAAGGGAAGGAAAAUGGCGUCGAUGCAGAGCUGGCGCAAGGCGUACGGCGCCAUCAAGGACACCACCACCGUCAGCCUCGCCAACCUCAACUCCGACUUCAAGGAUCUGGAUGUGGCGAUCGUGAAGGCGACUAACCACGUGGAGUGCCCGCCCAAGGAGCGCCACCUGCGCAAGAUUGCUGCGGCGACGUCCAUCGCUAGGCCCCGGGCAGACAUAGCCUACUGCAUCCACGCUCUCUCUCGUCGUCUUAACAAGACCCGGAAUUGGAUUGUAGCAUUGAAGACACUUGUAGUGGUUCAUAGACUUAUAAGAGAGGGGGAUCCUACAUUUCGAGAAGAGCUUCUUAAUUUUACACAAAGGGGGCGGAUUCUGCAGCUCUCAAACUUCAAGGAUGAUUCUAGCCCAGUUGCCUUGGACUGUUCCGCAUGGGUUCGCACAUAUGGUCAGUUUCUGGAGGAAAGAUUGGAAUGCUUCAGGGUCCUGAAAUAUGAUGUUGAGGCUGAGCGUUUAUCGAAACAAGGUCAAGGUCCUGAAAAGGGACACAGUAGAACCAGAGAACUGAACACUCAAGAUCUGUUAGAGCAGUUGCCAGCUUUGCAGCAGUUACUGUAUCGACUUGUUGGGUGUCGGCCAGAAGGAGCUGCGAAUAACAAUUACUUAGUGCAGUAUGCUCUAGCUCUGGUGCUAAAAGAGAGCUUCAAAAUUUAUUGUGCGAUAAAUGAUGGAAUUAUUAAUCUUGUCGACAAGUUUUUCGAGAUGGCGAGACAUGAAGCGCUUAAGGCCCUCGAAAUUUACAGGAGGGCUGGCCAACAGGCUGGGAGCCUAUCGGACUUCUACGAAAAUUGCAGGGGCCUAGAACUUGCAAGGAAUUUUCAGUUCCCCACUCUUAGGGAGCCACCACAAACGUUUCUUGUGACUAUGGAGGAGUACGUGAGGGAUGCUCCGCGUAUGGUUCCAGUUCGAGAGCCACUGGAAUUUCCUGAGAGGCUUCUUCUUACGUACAAACCGGAUGAAUCAGAGGAUGUUUCUGCACCCGAUCCUGUCGAAGAGGAAAGCCCACCAGUUGAAGAAUCUGUUCCAGUACAGCCUGUUACUGAAGCUGUUUCACCUCCUUCCAAGAAUGAUGUAGCGGUGGUGGAUACUGGUGAUCUACUGGGCUUAAAUGAUCCAAGCCCUGGUGUAUCGGCAAUAGAGGAGAGCAAUGCUCUUGCAUUGGCUAUUGUUACAUCAGAUGCAAGUACUUCAACAACUAGCACCACUGCAUGGCAAGAUAAAGGAUUUGAUCCAACAGGAUGGGAACUUGCCCUUGUUACUGCUCCAAGUAACACAAAUUCAUCCGUUGCAGAUAGUCAAUUGGGUGGUGGACUUGACAAGCUCAUCUUGGACAGCCUCUACGAUGAAGGAGCCUACCGGCAGAGACAGCAGCAGCAGUUAUAUGGUUCGUCAGCUCCCAACCCAUUCAUGACAAAUGAUCCAUUCGCGAUGUCGAACCAAGUUGCUCCCCCGCCAUUGGUUCAAAUGGCUGCAAUGUCUCAGCAGCAUCCGCAGAUACCAACUAUGAUGCAGCCGAAUCCGUUCGGACCACCCGUUCAGACACAGCAUGCAGGCCCGGGCCCUGUAACGAACCCCUUUCUGGAUACCGGCUUUGGGCCAUUCCCCGUGGCAAACAAUUCACAACAGCAAGCCAACCCAUUUGGUGGUAACCAACUUCUAUAGGCUGCAUUGAACAUGAGCAAUUUGUGUCCACAGCGAAUGCGAUUUUUGUGCGACGGUAAUAUGCAUUGUGCCUGGCCAUUAUUGUAUGAUACCACUCGUAUUGAUAUGUGUAUUCGGCUGCACCAGACGGGGCUGCCAAGUGCCAAGUGACCCUUGUUGUAAAGAAAUUAGUGACCUGUGCAACAUCAGAUAUAUGUCAAUAAAUAGUAGGACAAGGUUAUAACACGAGGGAUUGCACUGGGUGAUCGAUU